GCCGAUUCCAUGUUACCAUAGUAACAGCAUAGCCGCAGCUCAUCUGUUGGUUGUCCGCAGGAGCUGUGGAAAAACUGCGUUAAAGUGGUUGCUGGGCCAUUUUUACGCGCCGCGGAGCUGCAGGGAGCAUCUCAGGACCGGGCAGCAGGUUCUGAAGGACUCACGAUGUCUAAUGAUCUCGCUGGAGUGUGGGAGGUGGCGCUGAGUGAUGGAGUUCACAGAAUCGAGUUUGAACACGGGACCACCACCGGAAAGAGGGUCAUCUACGUGGAUGGAAAGGAGGUCCUGAGGCGGGACUGGAUGUUCAAACUGGUGGGGAAGGAAACUUUCAGCGUGGGCAGUUCAGACACCAAAGCCACUAUCAAUAUAGAUGCAGUCAGUGGCUUUGCCUAUGAGUACACCCUGGAGAUCAACGGGAAGAGCCUGAAGAAGUACAUGGAGAACAGGUCAAAGGUCACCAGCACCUGGUUGCUCAACUUAGACGGCAUUGACUGCAGAGUGGUCCUGGAGAAAGACACCAUGGAUGUUUGGUGUAACGGACAAAAUAUUGAGACUGCAGGUGAGUUUGUGGACGACGGCACAGAGACGCACUUCACACUCGGAGACCACAACUGCUGCGUGAAAGCUGUGAGCAGCGGGAAGAGACGAGACGGGAUCAUUCACACGCUGCUCGUGGACGGCACGGAGAUCGCUGAAUGCACAGAGUGAGCGUGACUGCGCCUGGAUGACAGCAGAGAUCUGGUUUUGUAUCUGUGACGCCGAGUGAGGGCGCGAGGUGAUUUAAAGCUGAUAAAGUCAGGGACCAACUGAGAGAAACAAUGCAUUGCUGCUGUAGUGUGCGGAGUAUAUUAGCCAUAUAUAUACUGGUGAAAGCUGUCCUGUAAAUAGCAUAGCUGAAGACAAAAGCUAAGUUUGAGCAGUUUUAGAAGACCGAGGGCAGCUACUAAUGCCAGAAACAAGCAUUUACUGUCUCCAAAUGUUCACACUGGAUAUUUGAUGUGUACACUGGUCUUUAUAAUCAUAUUAACACUAUUAAUCUCAGUAAUAUCAUCAACACGGGAGUCCAGAUGUGCCACAUUAUUCUCUCUCAGCCAGGGUUUUAACACAAGCAGCUGCUUUUGAAGAAGUACUGUAUCACACAGCCAAAUGUUACCAGUGAGCUGUCCCAGUAAACCCUCACCUCAUUCUCUCUUACCUUUGUGCUAGCUUUCUUGUAUUUUCAAAUGUUGUGGAGUGGGAGGUUCAACAACGGGGUAACUUUAUUCCUUGAAUGUAGCAGUGGACUGGUUCCUGUUCUGGUGUUGGCCUGUUACAUGCUUUGUGUUUCCAUUGGUUAAUUCUGUUGAUAUGAAGUGAUUAGCUUCCAACGGCCUGCUGUUGAUGUGUCAGAAUAUUUACAGGGUGCGUUGUUCUCAGUUUUCACUUAGGCAUAAAUCAUUUACACAGCUGCAAUCACUCACUGAUGU